AUGGACGCGAAGAGUCGCCAACACAAAAAUUAUCAAAGACUCUGAAGCGGCUGUUUAUAUGGACUACUUAUUCUAAAAUGCCUUCUUUUUUAGCUCGACUAUUCGAAGAAUAAUGAGAGCUAUCUUACUCACCCAAGCAUCGGCGUCAGUGUCGGCGUUUCACCUUGGUUGAGGUUUUGCAUUUUUAGAGAAGUGAUAGGGACACCAUGGAGAACUGGGACCCUAUGAGAGAAUCGUAUGAGAGCAAUCAGUUCCGCAGCUACAGUGCGGGACUUGGUGGACAGCUACAAAUACAGAGAAGUGAUAAGCGGGGAGGAAGUAAAACUGUGAAGCUGUUUGUGGGCAAUAUUCCUAUACAGAUCUCAAGUGAUGGAUUGCGGAGCUUGUUUUCACGGACAGGCAAUUUAAUAAGUGCCAGUGUUGUACGACCAAGAGAAGAACACCAGACCACCACGUUUGGGUUUGUGGAGAUGGCCAAUGCUGUUGAUGCAGAAAAGGCCAUACGGGAAAUGCACGGCUUCAGAAUCAACAUGAUGAGACUGAAAGUGAACGUGGCAAUGACCAGUGAAGAGAAAGAGGCAUACAAAAAACGAAAAGAGGAGCAGGCCUUGAUGAGUGCUGUGGAAGACUUUGAUGAAGAUGACCUUGAUAAAGACUUGGAAAUUGCGCCCAAGAAAUCAGCACAAACUAACAAACAACCCAGUGCCCCAUCCAUGGAUGCAAGAAAUACAAGUGCAGAGCCAUCUUUCAUGGGCAAAGGUAGAGGGGCAAUGCUGAAAAAAGUUGCAAGUGAAAUGAAUGAGAAAGGAGACUUUUCUAGACUACAACAGUCACUGGGUAGACAACCAGCCAUGAUGAACGGACAGCAUUCUCCGAUGGUCAGUCAAUUUAAGAACCUGUCCAUUCAAGUAGAUAACUCUGCUAGCAAAGCAUCGUCAAGAACCGCCAGAGUGAAGGGAGCAGGAAAUGCGUUGGUGAAUGCUUUGACAGAUCAGGAUUCCCAAUUAUUAACGCCACUGGGGCGUGGAACGCGGCCUUCAUCUGUUGGUAGAGGGGAGAGGGGAGCAGGCACAAAGCGUGACGGAUAUGAAACAGACUGGACCAGCUAUGGUAACACUGGCCAGCGAGGUAGGGGACGUGGAAGGGGUCGAGGCAACUAUCAAAGGGGUCGAGGCAGAGGCAAUUUUCAUGAUAGAUUCUACGAUGACAGGUAUUAUGAUGGCCAAGGCUACUAUGAUAACCGUUACUAUGACGAUCAAGCAUACAGGGGACCACCCAUGAUGGGGCGUGGUUGGCCAUAUGGUGGGGGAUAUGUGACUCCUGCACCUCCCGCAUACUAUGUGGACCCCAGUUAUAUGCCAGUAGUAGCCCCCAACACAUUGCUACAGCCAGCGUAUGUGAACCCCUCCCUCCAGACGCCCGUCCCUACAGUGAAUUCAGCACUCAAGCAAGCUAAGCAACCAGAACCUGAUCCACCCCUCGUGAAGGCUGAAUGUGCAGUAUGUAACAAGCUGGGCUCCUUCCGGUGUGGAAAGUGUAAAACCCCAUACUGUAGUCGACAAUGCCAGGCAGAUGAUUGGACCAAACAUGGCCACAAGUUGAAAUGUUCAGAUCUUGCAAAAUAUCACGAAGAUAUACAUGCCAUGAAGGACUUCGAUGUGGAUGUCAGUGACGACCUCAUACCACAAGUGAAAGCCCUGAUUGAGAAAGCUACGGGUGAGAAAAUUGAGAUCACCAAGAAGGCUGCUCCUUCCAAGGGUCAGCCCAGCCCAGCAGCCAGUGUACAGUCAAAAGCCAGCCCGCAGCCAAGCCUUCACCAUAGUCCUGCAGUAAGAACAGAGAAGCCAAGAGAUGCGGGAAGUUUGCGGGAAAAGUCAGGUCCAAGGUCGUCACAAGUCAGUCCUGCCGCCCCUCAGACAAGGCAAUCACAAGAACAGCAAAUGUCAGAUGAGAGAGGGUCAAGGGCGACCAGACCAGAGGUGUCCAGAGGUCAGGGAUCAAAUGUCAGACCGGCCAAUAGAAGAGGUUGUUUUAAUUGUGGAGAUGAAUCUCACAUGAGGAACGAGUGUCCAAAAUCUCAGAUGAGGAAUGAAGGUCCAAGUAACCAGGGCUGUUUCAACUGCGGUGAUAAAAGUCAUACACGCAAAAACUGUCCAAAACCUUACGGAUGCUGUAAUGUUUGCGGAGACACUUCACAUCGCCGGAAUGAAUGCCCACAACAACAAAUGAACAGAAAGCCACCAAGUAACAAACCAUCCAUUACUCAUGGAAUAAUGAAUUCAGCACCCACUGUAGCAGCAGAAAGUGUUGACGCAGAACUGGAGGCCCUUCAGAAUCCCCCAAAGACCCACCAAGUAGCCACAAAGGCAAAGAGAGGAUCCCCACCCCCGAAGAAGUCCAUCAUGUCUGCCCAGUUGCCCCUGAAUACAGAAACUCGGGUGUGUGUGGCGCAUGUACAGGAUCCAGACAAUAUCUAUGUGCAUAUUCUUAACGAUGACACGGCACAACAGCUGGGGAAGAUAACCACCUUACUAGCCACGAAGUACACGGACAGCGCUACCUGUGAUGUUAGCUCAGUAAUGUCCGGGGAGCUAUACGCUGGGAGAUACAGCAUUGACAAUCAGUGGUACCGGGUUCAAGUGCACAAGGUCAUAGAUGGUACUGUUAUGGUACAUUUUGUAGACUUUGGAAACACAGAAACAUGCCCUAUAUCAGAACUGAGGGUACUGGACCAAGAACUGGAAUCCUUAUCAGCCCAGGCUUUACAUUGUGCCUUGAGUGGAGUGACACCACUGGGAUCGGUCUGGGAAAGCUCACCACAGGUUUACGAGCAUCACAUCCCACCAAAUGUUGAGUACAGUGUCGUCUGUCAGUCCAUGUCAGAUGGCAGAUUCAACAAAAUCCACAGAGUGCAGUUGAAGACAGGUGAUGGGAAGAGUGUAGUGGACUCGCUGGUCAGUGCAGGCAUGGCAAAGCGGGUUGAUGAUACUCCUGCUGGAGGGGCAAAACCUGGGGAUAAGAGGGCAACUAACCAAGCUGAUUGCCCCAUUGUAAAGGCUUCAGAACUGCAAAAAGAAAUCAGCAGGGUUGAAGUGGGCUCGGAAGAGCUGAUGGUGGUUACAGACGUAAAAUCUCCGCUAGCGUUUGCCGUACAGAUGGUGUCCGAGGUGUUCCAGCAGUUUCAUGGACGUUUGAGCCGCAUCUACAAUGAGUCAAAUACACAGGAGUACAGGCCAGCAGAAGUGGGUGAACUGGUAGUAGCGAGAUUCCUAGCUGACACAGACAACAGCUGGUAUCGGGCUGAAGUUUUGAAAUUGAUGGACAACAAGGUCAAACUACGCUAUGUCGACUAUCUUAACAACGAUGACGUUCCGUUCAGUAUGGUCCGAAAGGCGACUAUGUUUUGUACUGAGAUUCCUGCGCAGGGAUUGAGAUGUAUGCUAAACAACAUUGAAGUUCCUGAGACCGGGUUCUGGUCUCCAGAAGUGAUGGCCUUGAUGGGGCACUUGUGUAGCCAUCCUGUGAAGGGGAAGAUUGUUUCGAAGGAGAACAAUGUUUUGACUCUGGAAAUCUUUAUGAUUGAUACAGGAGAAUGGUUCAAUCAGAUGGUCAAAUCUUUGCUUGUGAGAGAGUCGUCCCCAAGAGGCAGUUCUGCUUCUAACAAUAGCAAGAUCUCAAAAUCACCAAAGUCUGGCACUAGUCCAAAAAGCCCUGGCAACUUAGGUGUAGUCAGCUCUGCAAAGGAACUGCAGAAAAGUCCUACGAUUGAUGCAGUAAUUCCAAGUAAGAAAGUAAUUGAGCGCAGUACUCUUCCACUGGACGGAAGCCGCAUUUCAGUGAGUGUUACACAAGUGGUGGCGAUCAAUGCUGUGUAUGUACAAUUCCAAGAGCAAAGCAUGAUUCAGGAACUAGCAAGAAUCUCUAUCGGGCUGAAUGAAGAAUGUCCUGGAAUGAGCAUUUGCAAACCGCAGAAUGGUGAUUUCAUUGCAGCAUUGUACAGUGAUGGGAGCUGGUAUCGAGGACUUGUUAAGAGUAAGACUGAUGCUGGCUUGUACUCAGUACAGUUUGUAGAUUAUGGUAACACAGAUGAUGUCAAGACUGAGAAUUUAAGACCGCUUGAUGAAAAGUUCGCAAAUUUGCCAGCCAUGGCUGUUAGGUGUCAGCUCAAUGGUAGUGAAAAUAUAGGGGACCCUAAAUUGUUGCAGGAUAUUAAACUAUUGGAAAAUUCCCUGGUGCUUGUCAAGGCUCUUGAUGUUCGGAAUGGCCUGUUUACUGUUGAAAUGUUUCUGCAGGAAGGGCAGAAUAUCAAUGAGCUUCUGCAUUUAUCCCCUCAGGAUAAACAGUCAGAAGUUGCUGAAGAGGACAAUAGCCAAGCUGUAGUAGCUGAAACAAGAAAUGAAAAAGCCAUCAAAGUUGAAAAUAUUGUAAACGAUAAUCUUAUGCAAUCUAAUGUGCCAUCAAACAAUGUACCUUCGAGUAUUAUACCAGCAAAGACUUUAUUAACUGAUACUUUGACAAAAGCUGUUGUUGUUUAUAUUGAGAACUUGACAAGCUUUUAUAUCCAUGUAGCUGAACCGGAAACCGAAGAAAGUCUUCAGACUGUAACAGUGGGUGUGCACAAUGCUUGUGAGAGCAGUUCAAAUAUUUACAUACCAAGAUUGGGUGAAUAUGUUGGGGCACGAUAUACUGAUGAAGAGGUGACAGCUUGGUAUAGGGCCAAAGUUCUUGGCAUUGCUCAAGAUGAAGGUGAAAAUAAGUAUGAGGUUUUGAUCAUAGAUUUUGGUAAUCAAGGUUGGGUUCCCGAGAAAGACAUUCGUGUUUUACCUGAUGAUCUGAUGACCAUUCCUGCACUGGCUGUGAGAUGUAGUUUAAACAGGGCUACAGGCACAGAAGAUAAGGCAAUGGUCGAGGAUUUCCAGAUAACAAAGACAAACUUUAUGGAAGUAACAGUGCUGGCCAAGCAGGAAGAUAGGUACCAGGUGGAUCUAAUAGGUUCAAGUCAAGAUGGUUCAGUGAAAUUCUCUGUAAGCACAUUUCUGUUUGGGGAAGAGGAAAAUGGAGUUACAGUUGAGCAGAAUAUAAAGACUGAGAAUGUGUCAAUGGAAAAUGGUCCCUCGGAAGCACCUACCCAUGAAGCAGUUGUAGAUGAUCAGGAUUUGUAUAGCAGGAAAACAUCAGUAGAAACAGAUCAUUCUUAUGGAAAGUCAGGUACCCCUGAGAAGGUCCAAACUGGUCCACAGUUGACCCCUCCAGAAGAAAAUGGUGCUUCAUCUCCAACACUGGAAGUGAACAAGAAAUCUCUUAUGGUGUCAGCGAGCGCUCCUAUUUCUGCCUCUCCGCGUAUGGAGUUGCCUCUUGAUCAAAAGAUUGGGGCUGUUGUAUUUUGGGUGGAAAAUAUACGGUCUCUGUACAUACAACUGACUGAUGAAACUAUGCAGUACGAGUUUGUAGCAUUGCUUGGUGAACUACACCAAGCGUGUACAUCAGAUUCUCGUGAGCACCGACCAGUCGUUGGAGAAAUUGUUGGUGCAUUCUUCAGUGAUGGAGAAGAAGCUUGGUACCGGGGAGAAAUACUUGAGCUACUGCCAGAAAGGAAAUGUAGGGUCUUCUUUAUUGACUAUGGCAACACUGAUGUGGUUGAUAUGAAAUUGAUCAGAAAGAUUGAUAGGAAAUUACAGGCCCAUACUCGAAUGGCAAUUCUCUGUGCUUUAGCUGGAGAUGGGAAAGAAACUGCUGAAAUGCUUACAAAAUUAAAACAGUAUCAGAACAUUGAAUUACAGAUGACCGUUCUGUCAGAAUCAGAUGGAAAGUAUAACGUUGUUCUUUGCACAGGCGACUCUGGUGAGAACUUGAAUAAGUUGAUUGGUUUGAAACUCUCUGAGGAAGCUGCCAAGAGCUCCACUGACAUUGUGGAUAAUUUGCCUAAGCAGGUAACUCCAAAUAGAGAUUCGUUGCCAAGAAAGGUUUCCUCCCCACCUAGAGGAGAACAGAAAUCAUUUUUUACACAGACUUUGACAAAAGCUUGGCCAGAAAAGAAGGAUUUUAAAGUGAUCAUCACAUCCGUGGUUCGUCCAAACCUGUUCCAUUGCCAGGAGUUUACAGGGUUGGAACGCAUACAGGAACUGAACAUGCUGGGUGAAACGAUGAAGCUAGAGUGUGAACCAGCCCAGCAUGCAGGUGGCCUCAAGUUUGAAGUAGGAGAGCUAUGCUGUGCUAGGUUUCCAGUUGAAGGACUAGACUGGUAUCGAGCUACUGUCCUUGAGGUAUUCCCGGACAACACCAUGAAGGUUGAAUACGUUGACUAUGGUAACCAGGCUGACGUCCCGCUCACCCAGAUACGGCCAGCGACGGAGGAGUACACCAGACUUCCACUAUUGGCAUUCCGCUGCUCGCUACAUGGUGUUGUACCAAACGGGCAGAAGUGGUCUGAUGAAGCGAUUCUACAGCUGACUUCCCUUCAAGAUCGCCCCCUAGAGGCCACACUGGUGUCAAGAAAUGGAGACGUGUUUGAGCUAGAGAUUACAUGCGAGAAUGGCACGAGUGUAUCACAGGCACUGAUUGAUGCCGAGAUGGCGAAACCUGCCACUGAAGAGUCAGGUAUGAGCGAGAAGGAAAAGUUGAUACGUCAGAACGAGAUCCUGCAGAAACAGGUGGAACUCUACCGCAAACAGAUGACCGAAAUGAAAAAAAAUACAGCCAUGAAAAAAUAAAUGAACUGUAGCAGGCAGUUGGUUGUGUAGUACAUUGCCUGAUUGGCUAUUAUUACAUGUACGUUGGUUGAAAAAUAAGAAGAAAAAAUAGAAAUGCAAGGAAAUCAUAUUGAUUUCUCUUGACUUUGGAAAGGAAGCAGGGAUAGAGACAAGAACAGCUGUAAGAACAGAUAUAGACAAUAUACUUAUUGUUGGAACAUCUGUAUGAAAACUAUGAAAGCUGUAUAGGAUACUGGGCCUAUCCUGUUUGAAAUGUGUUAGAAGCUACACAAGGUAUAGCUAUACUGGCUCUUUAACAGUUGAUUUGAUUACAGUAUGUUGUUGAAGGAAUUGAUUUGUUGUUUUUUUCUCACUUUUCUGUUGCUUAUUUCUAUCAUGAUUAUUUUGAAUCUUAAACAAUUGAGUGUACAGUUGAAUACUUUUUGUUAGGUUAUGUAAUCAGUGUGAUUACAGAAGGUUUCUUGUCCAGUGUGUAGCAGUUCAGUUGAAUUUGGAUUGUUUUGGCUCCUAAUAAGUAUUGGAAAUUGACAAUGUAUUGGCAACAAUAGGGUCAUUCUAUUUUAUCACUGAUUUAUUUGCUAAAUAUAUUGAAGCACAAAUGUAUACAAAAUAUUUUAUCCAAAACAAUUUUGGAAAAAAAUGCAUCGAAAUACAAAAUAAUAUACAUGGAAAAAAAUAUUGAGCCACAAUUGUAGAUGGAUAAAUAUGUUGAUGCUCAAAAUUAAUUUAGAUGAAAAAAGGUAUUUACUUACACAUUUGGAUUAAAAGUAAGGAUUUGAACCUUUAUAAUAAAGUUGAUCAAUUCAUAAAUUCAAAUAAAAAGAGCUUGAAACAAACAUGCUCUACAGUCAGGUGAGUAAAGAUAAGUAUUGUAUUGGUCUUAACUCAUGGGGUGCUCUGCGAUCAGGUAAGUAUAAGUAAGUAUUCUACAGUCAGGUAAGUAUAAGUAAGUAUUCAAUUGGUCUUAAAACAAGGGGCGGAACCUUGAGUGUUCUCAUUGGAGAUCCAUUGACCAAUCUAGAAGUAUUUUGAAUACAACCCCAGGUUUGGGUAAGCGGUCUUAUAUAUUUUCACUAACUUAUAAUGGUGAGUUAAAAUUGAAACAAAAACAAUGCAUUUUUAGCUCCACUAUUCGAAGAAUAGGUGGGCUAUACUACUCGCCCAAGCGUCGGCGUCUGGUUAAAGUUUUAGGGCAAGUUGGGAUUUUCACUUACAAGUCCAAUACCCUUCAUUCAAGUGACUUAAUACUUCACACAGUUGUUGAGGGCCAUCACAUGAUGAGGUUAGAUAACUCCAUAUUAUUCUUUACACCGAUUAUGGCCCCUGAUUGACUAUUGAACUUAGGUUAAAGUUUUAGGGCAGGUUGGGAUAUUUAUUAAUAACUUCUAUACCCUUUGUUCAAUUGACUUAAUACUUCACACAGUUGUUCAGGACCAUCACACAAUGAGGUUACAUAACUCCAUAUUAUCAUUAAUACAAGUAAUGGCCCCUGAUUGACUUAGGUUGAAGUUGUAGGGCAGGUUAAAGUUUGAGGGCAAGUUGGGAUUUUCACUUACAAGUCCAAUACCCUUCAUUCAAUUGACUUAAUACUUCACACAGUUGUUGAGGGCCAUCACAUGAUGAGGUUAGAUAACUCCAUAUUAUUCUUUACACCGAUUAUGGCCCCUGAUUGACUAUGGAACUUAGGUUAAAGUUUUAGGGCAGGUUGGGAUAUUUAUUAAUAACUUCUAUACCCUUUGUUCAAUUGACUUAAUACUUCACACAGUUGUUCAGGACCAUCACACAAUGAGGUUACAUAACUCCAUAUUAUCAUUAAUACAAGUAAUGGCCCCUGAUUGACUUAGGUUGAAGUUGUAGGGCAGGUUAAAGUUUGAGGGCAAGUUGGGAUUUCACUUACAAGUUCAAUACCCUUCAUUCAAUUGACUUAAUACUUCACACAGUUGUUGAGGGCCAUCACAUGAUGAGGUUAGAUAACUCCAUAUUAUUCUUUACACCGAUUAUGGCCCCUGAUUGACUAUGGAGUUUUAGGGCAGGUUGGGAUAUUUAAUAAUAACUUCUAUAGCCUUCAUUCAAUUGACUUAAUACUUCACACAAUGGUUCAGGACCAUCACCCGAUAACUCCAUAUCCUUAAUACAAGUUAUGGCCCCUGAUUGACUUAAGUUAAAGUUUUAGGCAAGUAAAAGUUAAGGGCAAUUUGGGAUUUUAAUAAAAAAAACUUCUUUACCGUUCAUUCAAUGCACUUAAUAAAAUUCAAAAUUAUUUACGACCAUCUUACAACAAGAAACAUAACUCCAUUUUAACCCUAAAUACAAAUUAUGGCCCUUGAAUAUUCAUUUAUUAUUAUUAUUUUUUUAUCUCUUUUGAAAGGCAUAUUUGUAAUAUAAUUCUCAACCACAUUUCAAUAAUGGGAAAUCAAGUUAUUUGAAUGACUUGCGUCAUUGUUCAGGCGGGCUGGAGGGAGGGCAGCAUCAAAGUCACCUUAUGUAUCGAAUAAUUUUAGUGUGGUUUGAUAUAAAGAGACCAAACUUGAUAAUAUUACAUCGUUAUUGUAUUCACUUCUAAGUCAAAGCGGCAUAGUCGAGCGCUCUGUCUUAAGACGGCUCUUGUUUGUUUGCUAGUACAGUAUUGGUCAGGAAAAGAAAUAUGAAUGAAAUUGAAAACUUUAUUAUAGAAAGAAAUUUGGCAGAUAUAUAUCAAAACAAUUGUGAAGGGGAAAAAAAAUGCAUAUUUGCAUAAACGUCAGAAAUUCAUCUGGCAUUGCUAUAGAAUAUCUGGUUGCUUUUUGAUGUAGUCAAUGCCAAUUCAUUGUCAACUCGUAUCAUAGUUGCCAUAGUUUUUAUAGUAGUUAGCGCAUAUUAACAUAAUCAAGGUGUAUAUUUUAUUAUGAAUUUUUGUUAUUCUUUCUUUUCUUCAUUGAUUCAUCAUUGGGCAAAAUGUAGAAAAACUGGCUGAAAAUUGUAGACAUUUUAUUAAUGUAUACAUCGGUGGGAUUGUCCAAAAGUUGUGGUUGGCGGUUUUUCAGUUUUGAAGGAAAUAUUUUGGGUAUUCUGAUAGCCUUGAUGUCAACCUCAUCAGCUUCAUUGUCCAAAAACCGGUCACGAAACCAAUAAACAAUGUUCCAAGAUAUUCAAAUGAAUAUAGGUACACAAGUUGACCUGGACUAUUGUAGCACAUGUAAAGCAAGGCACAUGACUAGCAUUAAUGGUUAUUGAGUUACGCCCCAUGUUAAGUUGAAAACACAAACACUGAAGAGCGUUUGCCCUCUUCCUCUCACAUGUUUGUUAAGAGUUUUGGUGAGACUAAUCUUCUAAAAAUCCUAUACACUUUGAGAUUUGUUAAUACAAUAAUCUGUUUAGAAACAAACAUGUUUAAAUAAGAAACCUACAGGAAAAGUGGUAUGACCAUACCAUACAUGAUGGCAUCUAAAAAAAUGUUUAUUAUAUUGUAGUUAUUAGUGUUAAUAUAAGCAUACUCCAGUCAAGUGUAUAGUUAUAGCAUCAUACAUUUGCACCCACUUUGAAAAUCACAGAAGACUGUUAGUAAUUUGCAAUCACUUUCUGUUUUUGUUAAUUGAAGUGUAACGAGGUUUAAGGUAUAAAUCUCUAUUUUUUUUCUUUUUGCAAACAAUAUGAGGUGUAUUGUAAUGAGAGGUUUGUGUCACCUAUGGUACGUUAUGUGUUUGUUUUGCCUAUCGUAUAUAAUGAUACUAGGUGUUUGUGUCUCAUUCGUUGCUGUGUGCUCAUAAUGUGAUUUGUAACACGCAAAACUUCAUGCUUGAAAAAAUAUAUAGCUUGAAGAAAUUAAGGCAAUGUUUAUUGCUGGCUUGUCAUAGAUGUAAAGAUUUUAUGACCUGUACAUGUAUGUAGUCAAUUUUAAUGCACAUGCACGUGUCCAUAAAUAGCAGAAGACUGGGAGCAUUUAAUACAAGUAUGCUACUACUGUGAUUUAGAUGCUUUUACAAGGCCACAGAAAUACAACACUUACUUGUACCAAUCCCUAAAAUCACCAAACAAACUAUCUAUAGAGACCUAAAAUAUAAAUUAAAAUAUAUUGUACAUGCUGUCCCUGUUCCUACUUGGGUUUCAUGUUAGGGUAUUUAGGAUAUAUUCUUACGAAAUCGAAAGCUUCUGGGGGCACAAUGUAUUGUUAUAACUGUCGAUGUUCCUGCCAGGGUGUUCCGGGCAGCUUCUCAGGAAGGCAUCUUGAUGCACAAUUUUCCACUAGGAUAAAUGCGAAUGUUGUUGAUGGUCUGUUGAAGGAGUGGCCUUCUUCCUACAGUGGUUCGAGGAUAGAUGAGCGAUGUAGGGUCUUUAUCAUAUUUUAUAUUAUAUACCCGGACACAAUGCAGUAUCAUUAACAAAACAUGCACUCACAAAUCUCCUGAAACUGUUAUAUGUGUAAAGGAAAGACGCUGUGUAGUUCAGGUUGUAAACAAACGACCGAUUCAAUUCCAAAAUUAGAACUUGGUAGUAAAAUAAACACCAAAAUACCUGGCCUACACAUGCAAUGGACAUUAAUCUCCAAUGAUAGUGCACAUAUCCCAAACAUAAUCUUUGCUAAUGUCCAUUUUAUCACAACCUCUGGCAGUUGCACAGUUAACAUAUUGCCCAGGGAUUGUGAUAAUUAGAGCUCUCAUCACCUUGCAUACGUUAUGUUGCCGUUUCAGGUGAUUUGGGACUCAAAUCAUAUUGCAUGUUGUGUCAAUGGUUACGCAUUUCUAUUGCUGAUUUAUGUGUCCGGGUGAAUACUAGAGGAUUUUAGGUUUUUUCCAAGAGUACCAUUAAGGCCCUAGGUCUCUCAUCUCUCCUCAAACCACUGUGUUUCCAUAUACUUUGUUUCCCCAUGCAGCAUAAGGAACACUCCCAUGUUACAAUGUACAUCUUCACAAUGAAGAUGGCUUGAUAAUAGGAUACUCGUAUUUCAAUGAAGUAACUUCUUGUUUCAAAGUUGUUGUAGUUCAUGAAGGCAAGUAGAUUUUUAUGCAAAAAACUGGAUGUUUUUAAAUAUGCCAGAUCAUCUGUAUAUUUUUUAUACCUCACCUCCUGUUAUGUUGUGUCGGUAGGUGAUGCACAUGUGUAGAUGGUGCGUAGGUAAUGCAUAUAUUGAAGGUGAUACGUUGGUGUCAUAUAGAAGUUGCUAUUUACCUGUUGCUAUUUUCUUUGAUACAUAUUGGUAUGGAAUUGUGUUUCUACAAACCGCAGUUUUUUUCCUUUGUUGGUUUGCCACGCACAAAAUAGUGCUGAAGUAUGUAUUCUCUCCGGAGAAGUUGUUAUUGUUGUUUUUCCUCUUGCAAAAUGUUCAUGUUAGUUGCUUCUUGUUGACAAGAAAUUACUGUUUUAGUUGUUUAGUUACCCACAUUUGCAAAGUUAUGGAUGUUUUGGCUCGUGGUCUUGAUGCCAGUGAUUAAGAUUUUUAUUUUUAUUUUGACUAAAAAUCUCGUGGAAAUAUAUACUGUUGAGAUAUGUUUUCUAUUUUUUUUAAAGUAAUCAACAAAGGCAACAGAAAUUAAAACGCUUUCAUUUGUUUUAAAAGAAGAUACUUGUUGUUUUUAGACCUUGUGUGAAAUGCAAUUUAGACUCUGGUUUCCAAUCAUUCUUGUGCAUACUAUUGUCUCCGGACAUAGGUGUUUGCUGUUUAUGUCAAAUAAAGUAGUCACUGUCAACCUUUGAAGCGGACAAUAAAUCCAAAGAACUUAUUCGAAAAAAAUGGUAUAGAUAUACCUAAGAUAAUGCUGAAGAUAAUUGUGUUUGUAUAAAGGUCAAUUGUUGUAUACAGUCAAUUGUAAGCACAUAUUAUAAGUGGAAAACAUUUAGCAAACAAAAAUACAAGUAAUCAUAAUAUAUUUACAAAUUCAUAAUAUGAUUUGUAUGGACAUUUAUUCUUGUCAAUUUCAUAAAAAAAUGCAAACUGGGGUGUUUUAUAUACUGUUCUUAAUAAUAAAACUUAAAAA